ACCAGAAAAGCGACAUCUGGUGAUUAGUGUAUGGAUUUCUUAUGAAUGAAGAUCACAUGUUUUGUUGGUUUUUGAAUUUUUUUACAUUUUUAUAACCAUGGUUAUUGCAAUCGGUUUUGAAGGAUCGGCCAAUAAAUUAGGUAUUGGCAUCGUUCGUGAUGGUGAAGUAUUGGCCAAUCCUCGUGUUACUUAUAUUACGCCACCGGGUGAAGGAUUUCAGCCAAGAUUUACUGCCGCACAUCAUCGAUCUCGGAUAUUGAAUCUUUUGACAGAAGCACUGAAAAUCAGUGGUCUUAAAUCCGAAGAUAUUGAUGUGAUAUGUUAUACUAAAGGACCAGGAAUGGGGGCACCAUUAGUCUCUGUUGCUGUUGUUGCUAGAUGUUUAUCUCUAUUAUGGAACAAACCGAUCGUUGGUGUAAAUCAUUGCAUUGGACAUAUCGAAAUGGGACGUUUAGUAACUGGAUCAGAUAAUCCUACCGUUUUAUAUGUCAGUGGUGGUAAUACACAAGUGAUUGCUUAUAGUGAGAAAAAAUAUCGUAUUUUUGGUGAAACUAUUGAUAUUGCCAUCGGUAAUUGUUUAGAUCGAUUUGCACGCAUUCUUAAGCUUUCAAAUGAUCCUAGUCCAGGCUAUAACAUUGAACAGAUGGCUAAAAAGGGCAAAAAAUUCGUUCAUCUACCAUACGUAGUAAAAGGAAUGGAUGUUUCAUUUUCCGGCAUCAUUUCAUUUAUUGAGCCAAAAAUUGAUAAAUGGCUCGAAAGUGGUGAAUACACCAAAGAGGAUCUAUGUUUUUCCGUUCAGGAAACAAUGUUUGCCAUGUUGGUCGAAACGACUGAACGUGCUAUGGCUCAUACUGGAUCCAAUGAAGUACUGAUUGUAGGUGGUGUUGGCUGUAAUCUUCGAUUACAGGAAAUGAUGCGUAUAAUGGCCGAAGAACGUAAUGCCAAAUUACAUGCCACUGAUGAUCGAUAUUGUAUCGAUAAUGGUGCUAUGAUUGCCUAUACUGGUGCAUUAAUGUAUAAAGCUGGACAAAAGACUGAUUUUGAUGAUACAUUCUGUACGCAAAGAUUUCGUACGGAUGAUGUUUUAGUCACGUGGAGAGAUUAGGACAUUAGAUUAAAAAUUUUGAAUUUGAAUAAAAUUUAAUUUUUUUAAACUGAAA